AUGGCUGAGAAUUUGGCAUUAAAAGGAACGGCUGUACAGGUGUCCACAUAUCACAGCUUUGGAGCUGCAAAUGCUAUCGACGGCAUCAGAUACGCUCCAGGUGAAGCCUCAAGCUGCUCAGUCACAUCACACCAGCUCAACCCGUGGUGGAGGCUGGACCUGCUGGAUUCUUACUACAUUUACAAAGUGACCAUCACCAACAGAGGAGACGGCUGGCCGGAGCAAACGACUGGAGUAGAGAUCCGCAUCGGAAACUCUCUGGUAAACAACGGCAACAACAAUCCCAGAUGUGGUGUCACUUCAUCUGUCCCAGCAGCCAGUUCUGUCAGUUUCUCUUGCGGUGGAAUGGAAGGUCGUUAUGUGAACAUGUACGUUCCUAACAUCCAGAAGUAUCUCACGCUGUGUGAGGUGGUUUAUGGAGCAGAGAAUUUGGCAUUAAAAGGAACAGCUGUACAGUCGUCCACAUAUUCCACCUGUGGAGCUGCAAAGGCCAUCGACGGCAUCAGAUACUCUCCUUCAGGUAAACCCUAUCCAGAAGAAACCCAUACAUACUGCUCCAUCACAGAUUACCAGCUCAACCCGUGGUGGAGGCUGGACCUGCUGGAUUCUUACUCCAUUUUCAACGUGACCGUCACCAACAGAGCCGACUGCUGUCUGGAGCAAACGACUGGAGUAGAGAUCCGCAUCGGAAACUCUCUGGAGAACAACGGCAACAACAAUCCAAGAUGUGGUGUCACUUCAUCUGUCCCAGCAGGCAGUUCUGUCAGUUUCUCUUGCGGUGGAAUGGAAGGUCGUUAUGUGAACAUGUACAUUCCUAACAUCCAGGCAAUUAUCGCGCUGUGUGAGGUGGAGGUUUAUGGAACGGGUAAUUUCCGACACCUCAUUCUAGAUUGUUAA